GAGGAGCGAAAGGAACUUUAUAUCAAAACAUCCUCCGCGUGGACAGAGCGGUAGUGUUGGUCACGUGACAGGUACAGGAAGCGUCCUUUAAAGGUACUUCAGGCAGCUCGUGGCAGAGGGCUUUCAUCCCUUGCAAAAUCAUCAGUAAGUGGGCAGGAUUUUCCCAGAAUAAACAACCAGUCCAAGUCUUAGACUGGAAGCUCAAUGCCCCUGAGCAAAGAGCAAAAGUCCACACCCCUGGCUUGCACUGCUGCACUGGAUCAAUGCCUCUCAGGGAACUUGGAAAGACGAGAAGCGGUGACUUUGCUGAGUAAAUCAUCAAUCGUUGCAUUUAAAUCUGAUGUAUCUUGGGAUUUGUGGACAGAUAAGACCAGAAGAUGUCUUUAACAGUCUGGCUGCUUCUUGUCGCUCUGUGUGCCAGCGGAGGAUAUGGUGAGGAGGAAAAAGAGGCCCCCAGAAGUGGCCAUGUUUCUGUGGUCAUAGUCGGAGGAACCGGAGACCUGGCCAGGAAGUAUCUGUGGCAAGGAUUCUUCCAGCUGUACGUCGACCAGGUCAGCGGCGGAAACACCUUUUCCUUCUAUGGUGCAGGCUUGUCCCCAGCCGAAAAGGCCACACCGGUGCUUUUUGAGAUACUGAAGGCAGUCACCUGCUCCAAGGACGUGUCCCAGGAUCGCUGCGCCAUCCUGAAAGAUCAGUUCCUGCGGCUCUCGCAGUAUCGCCAGCUGAAAACUUUGGAGGACUACCAGGAGCUGGCCAAGCACAUCGAGCAGCAGCUCCAACAGGAGGGAAUGACGGAAGCUGGUCGGCUCUUUUACCUCUCUGUUCCAGCUUUUGCGUAUGCAGGUGCUGCAGAAAAGAUCAAUAGUAGUUGCAGACCGACCGGUGGGCCGUGGCUGAGAGUCGUACUGGAGAAACCAUUUGGACACGACUACAGGAGCGCACAGGUGUUAGCAACGGAACUACUGAGUGCACUAAAGGAUGAAGAGAUGUACAGGAUAGACCACUACUUAGGAAAGCAGGUGGUGUCUAAGAUACUUCCAUUCAGGAUAGAGAACAGAAAGUUUUUGGAUCCCAUCUGGAACAGGCAUCACAUCGAGAGGAUAGAGAUUGUUUUGAAAGAAACUCUGGAUGUUAAAGGUCGUAUUGCCUUCUAUGACGAGUACGGAGUGAUCAGAGAUGUCCUGCAGAACCACCUGACUGAAGUCAUGACACUGCUAACCAUGGAGCUCCCUGUGAAUGUGAGCAACAGUGGAGAGGUUCUUCGAAACAAGCUGGAGGUCCUCCAUUCCAUGCUGCCUUUAGGAAAGAAUCAAGCUGUGAUCGGACAGUACCAAACCUACAAAACAGAGGUUCAGCAGGAGCUGAACAAAACUAAAGAGCAUGUAACUUUGACUCCAACGUUUGCAGCUGUUCUGGCCCAUAUCGACAAGGCGCAGUAUGAAGACGUUCCGGUUCUUCUGAUCUCCGGGAAGAUGUUAGACGAACGUGUAGGGUACGCACGUGUCGUUUUUAAGAACGACGUCUUUUGCCUUCAGAGCCAGAACGAUGAUCGCUGCAAACCCAAACAGAUCGUUUUCUACUUUGGGCACGGCUGUCUUAAAUAUCCAGCAGUUCUGGUCAGCAAGAAUUUAUUCAAGCCUUUGAUAGUCGGUGAAUGGAAGGAAGUCACAGAGCACAAAGAUAUCAGUGUUUUAGGCCUGCAGAUUUCCGAUUAUUACAUCCAAACCCCAACAACAGAAAAGGAAGCUUACACUGAGCUCAUUUCUCAUAUUUUUGCUGGGCAGAAGAAUAAUUUUAUCAGUACUGAAAACCUGUUGGCCUCCUGGGAAGUAUGGACUCCACUUCUCAGCAGCCUUAAGGGAUCUUUCCCUCGGAUCUACCCUGGUGGCGCUGACAAUGGAGGCAUGCUGGACGUCCAUCUGAGGGGGAAAGAAAUCCACUAUAACAGCGAGGUGGUGAUCAUUAGUCCCGAUCAGACGGGAGGGACAUCAGCCAGCAAUUUCCAGGUGAUGCAGGGGAAAUUUCGCAGUGCUGAGAUGGUGUCUGCCUGGACGGAGGAGCUGGUAGAGAGGCUGGCUGCAGAUAUGCAGGAAGCAGCUGAGAAGGCCGUGCAGGAGAACGGGGUCUUUCACCUCGCCCUCUCUGGAGGCUCCAGUCCUCUCGCCCUGUUUCACAGGUUGGUUCUGCACCAUUUCUCCUUCCCCUGGAGAGAUACGCACAUCUGGAUGGUGGAUGAGCGCUGUGUUCCACCGACUGAGGUGGAGUCUAACUUCUACAACAUGCAUAAACACCUCCUGCACUACGUGAAGAUACCAUACUACAACAUCCACCCCAUGCCAGUGCAGCUCAACCAGCGCCUCUGUGUGGAGGAGGAUGGAGGAGCUCAGCUGUAUGAGAAGGAGAUCAAAAAACUUGUUAACGGAUCCAGCUUUCACUUCGUCCUGCUGGGCGUCGGAUACGAUGGCCACACGGCCUCACUGUUCCCUGGUGGGAAACUGAACGAGCUGGGAGAGGGGCUGGUCGCUCUCACAGAAAGCCCCGUCAAGCCUCAUCAGAGGAUGAGCCUCACCUUUAGCGCCAUUAACCGAGCACGCAGCAUCGCUGUUUUAGUGAUGGGAAAAGGCAAACAUGAGCUGGUCACCCAGCUGAGCCGGGUUCAGGAAAACCUGGAAAAAUAUCCGGUCACUGGAGUGAAGCCAGCUAAUGGAAGGCUAGUUUGGUAUAUAGACUAUGAUGCACUUUUAGGGUAGGCGGUUCAUUUUCAUUCAGAGAAUUCAGCUGCUUUUGGUUGGGGAGCAAAAUGAAUGAACCAGCAGAGAGACUUCAGGUUCUUGCUUUAAUUACAUUGAAUAAACAUUUCCUUACUUGCUACUUAAGUUUAUCACUAAACUGUUCCAGUCAGAAGUUUAUAUACACUCAUCUCUGGUAUGAUGGUAUUAGUUUCAAAUUUAAGUUCUUUAUUUGAACGAUACAUUUUUGAGUCAGGCAAUAGAAAGUGCAGCUAUAAAGAUCACAAAUAUUAGGUUGAAUCUUUUGGGGAUUUUUUUCCAACCCUUUUAACUGUGACAACAUUUUUUACAUUACCACUAUAUCGUUUGAAAAAAUAUGAGUUGGAGAAUUUGCAGACCUCCUGUAGCCCUGAGCAUAGCUCUGCUAUGGGCUUUAAGCCUAUUUAUUUCUUAAUUUUGUUGCUUGUCAUCAUUUAAGUCAAAGUCAUUUAAGAAGCCUGUUGGCAUAAUCAAUUCCAAAACCACUUUUAAUGUCUUCCUGAUGUCUCUGUCCUGUUGAAACAUCCAGUUAUGUCAACAUAAUAACCAUUUAGUUGCCCCUCAGCAUGAUUCCAUCACCACCAUGCCUGACAGCUGCUUCAGUGUUCUUCAUCACACAUUCCUCUUGUUUUAUGAACGAAUACUCACCCUUGUCUCGUUGGACCAUAACGUUUUAUUACAGAAUUUGGGCAGCUGCAUAUUUCCGCUUCUGAAGG